GAAGUUGCACUGGAUCGGCCUUUACGUCGUCAUCCACGAAAGGGAGAAAAACACUAUGCAGUUGCAGAUUCGCGGGCAGCAAACGCACGUCCUGGACUGCCAGGACAAUGCAACAAUUGCUGAUAUCAAGGCCAGACUUGCAUCGUUGGAAAAUGUUGAAACAACAGAAUUCACGCUUCACUGUGGAGGAGCCCCAGUGAGCGACGAGACCAGCGUGUCCGAGCUCUCCUCGUGCAUUUUGGAAUUGACAGUCCCACUUCUUGGAGGUAAGGUCCACGGAUCCCUUGCUCGAGCUGGUAAGGUGAAGGGACAAACCCCAAAGGUUGAGAAGCAAGAGAAGAGCAAAAAGAAGACGGGCAGGGCCAAACGUCGUAUUCAGUACAACCGAAGGUUCGUCACUGUUGUUCCCUCUUACGGCAGACGUCGUGGACCAAACGCCAACCCCAACACAUAAAUCUACUUUUGCAUUUGGAUUAUGUAAUCCUGAUUUAUAUCAAUAAAAAUCGAGUAAUCCAAUAUUUA